GAUAUAACUAGUGACCUCUCGGUUUCCAUUUACACGAUAAGUACAUCUGUUCCUAUCAUCAGAUUUUUUUUGUAUAUCUUCCAGCGGAUUCCGGUCGCUCGACAAAUGCAACCAAUGCAUCAGAGCAGAUCACCGGAGAGAAUGAAAAUGCAAACUAUCGUUUGGCUGGUGUUUGGUGUGUUCGCCGCGUGGUCCGUCUGUGUUUUAGGUGACAGUAAUACAAAAGAGCCGACGGUGCUAAUAGGGAUUUUAGUGAGGAACAAGGCGCACACGUUGCCAUACUUUUUGACCCUUUUGGAAAGACUUGAAUAUCCGACAGACAGAAUAUCGUUGUGGAUACGCAGUGAUAAUAAUAUUGAUAACUCUAUUGAGAUAUUGAAAACCUGGUUAGAGACACAAAAUGAAAGAUAUCAUAGUGUAGAUCUAAUUCUUGACGAAGAAUCGCACGGAUUAUCAGACGAAAAAGGAUUAGCGGAUUGGACGCCUUCUAGAUUUUCUCACGUUAUCCAGCUACGCGAACAGGCCGUAAAUCAUGCCCGAAAAAUUUGGGCAGAUUUUCUCUUUAUGUUAGAUGCAGAUGCGUUUCUGACCAAUCCAAAAACUUUGAAGAAUUUAGUUAAAAGUAAUCACACUGUAGUGGCGCCAUUACUAAAGUCAGAUGGAAUGUACAGUAAUUUUUGGGCCGGGAUGACAGAAGAUUAUUAUUACGUCAGAACUGAGAGAUAUAAACCUAUACUCAAUCGAGAGGAAGUUGGAUGUCUGGAAGUGCCAAUGAUUCACAGUGCAGUCCUGAUCGAUUUGAGAAAAUCGGACAGCGAUUUUCUAACAUAUAAAUCUGAUAGACUGAAAUUCUACGACGGACCCAAGGAUGACAUUAUAACAUUCGCCAUAGGAGCUAACAGAUCCGGUAUACCUUUACAUAUAUGCAACGAUGAAGUCUACGGAUUUGUCAUGGUUCCGCUUGAAACUCGAGACACAAUUUCCCAAGAUCAUCAACAGUUGACAAACUUAAAACUAGAAGUGCUGUCCCAGCAGGAGCCAUUGCCAUUGAGUCCUUUGAUGGCGCAGUACAUAACCUAUCCUGAACAAGAUACGCUGAACAUGGACAACGUUUACAUGAUUAACCUGGUGCGCAGACCGGAUAGACGCAUCAGAAUGCAGCAUUGCUUCCGGGAUUUGGGAAUUCGUGCUGAGAUUAUCGAUGCUGUGGAUGGAAGAACACUCAACGAGACGUCAUUGCUCGAAUGGGGUGUGAAAAUGAUGCCUGAGUAUGCAGACCCUUAUCACAAAAGACCCAUGACCAUGGGCGAGAUUGGCUGCUUCCUGAGUCACUAUAUCGUCUGGAAUAAGAUGAUCGAAAAUAGAUAUGAGAAAAUAAUGAUUCUCGAAGACGACGUACGAUUUGAACCAUAUUUUCGACAGAAAGUCAAUUUCAUCUUAAACGAAUUGGAUCGAUUGAAUAUUUCCUGGGAUUUGGUGUACUUGGGAAGAAAACGGAUGCAGGAACAAGAGGAACCCCUGGUUGAAGGUUCGCAGUAUUUAGUCUAUGCUGGAUACAGUUAUUGGACUGUAGGUUAUAUGUUAUCAAAGAGUGGUUCUGAAAAACUAUUAAAAGCCAAACCUUUGGAGUCGAUGGUACCGGUCGAUGAAUACUUACCAAUCCUUUUCGACAAACAUCCCAGAGUUGCCUGGAAGAAACAUUUUCUGGAACGGGACCUGGUAGCGCUCUCUGCGGCACCGCUCUUGAUCUACCCGACGCACUAUACUGGAGAACAAGGAUACAUAAGUGACACAGAAGACUCAAAAGUAGUGCACGACGCUGUCACCGCAUCGAAAAACCGGGAGGAAUUUUAAACUUUUGAUACUCGUCAGUACCGACUGAAAUAGAUCAGUGAUAGAUAAAAGGAUGAUUGAUAUGCUCGAUACGAAUAUCAGGACCUGAAUUCUCGAUCCAUCCUUGUGAAUAUCGCAUACGACCCCUGCCAAUGCUUUUCAAAUCGAGAAUCGCACGCAAGAAUCAUUAGGACAGAUUUGAGAAUACGGGCCUUGAUCGUUGCAACAAGAGAAAAAAAGUACAUACAAAUUAAGAAAUAUCAGAAGAAAUUAGAAGGUUAUUAAAGGUACAUUUCCUUGUAUCCCUACCUUGAGAAAAAGAAAGAAAAAAGUAAUUGACUGGAAAUAAUUUUCAGGAAGACUUCAGAUCUUUCGUUGAGAGCCUGAAUCAAAGUAGAGUAAUAAUAUCCAUGACGUCACUUAAAUCAUGCAAGUAUUCUCAUACAAGGCAAAAAUGUAAGAAGUGAUAAGUUUUAUUGAAAGAAGAAAUUUUAUUUCGUAAUAUCGUAGCCAGUAAAGUACCUCGUAUUCUAUAUUUUUAUACUUAAAGCCGGAUAAAAGUAGUCAUACACUUCGCCAUCUAUAUCGUUACGUGUCAAGGUAUCUUUAGCCGGUAAACGUGCCAUCAACAUGCGAGCAGAGAAUCAUAAGAAAUACACAUAAGAUUACAAAAGCAA